UUUCAAGGGGCAGACGGAAAAUGAUCAAUUCACUCGAGAGGCUUGCAACGCUCUCCUAAAGCAACUCAAAAAACAACACUUGGACCCAAUCCUGGCUCAGCUUCACGGGAAGGAAGGCGCCAAAGUUACGUUCGACGACAUCUUAGCAGGAUACAAUAAAAUUGAACAGGAUUAUGAGGAUCGUGCCACCGGAGCAAAAAAAAAAUUGUGCUGCUGUGUUCUUCGAAUUCCAUCCGGAACUUAUGACAGAAAUGCAGCAAUACUUAGGCGUGCUGAAACAAUUAAAAGAUUUCGACGAGAAUUUGAGUCGAGAAAUUGCAGCUAAAGCUUAUCAACAGCAAGAGAAGAUAAAACUUGAGGAAGAAUACGAGCGUUUGCAACAAGAAAAUCGCCAGCGCCAGAAGGAAGUAAGACAUUUUGAACCAGUGUCAGUAUCUGAUAAACUGCACACCUACCCCUCCCUUGACCAACGACAGUCAAAUAAUAACGAGUUAGGACUAAUGUCUGUUAAGGGAGGGGUGGGUGCGCAGUUGCUGAGACACUGACAUUAAUCCCACAUCAAAAAUAAUCUACCAUCGUCAAAUCCACCAUUUGACGAUUUCCAGUUUUCCAGAUCACAAAAAGUG